GCCAAGUUUAGCAACGCUCUCCGUCUCCGGCGAACUUUUGCUUCUCUCCGCCGAAAAUCAAGCUGUGAGUUCCCUUUUUGUCAUCUGUGCGUGAAGGGAGCCUUGGAGCAACUAGGUCACGGAGUUUGAGCCUUGGAAGCAGCUACUAAUGCUUGCAUUAAGGGAAGCUGUCUACAUCACACUCUCUUGGAGCGGCCCUUCCCGAACCGUGCGUGAAUGCAUGAUGCCUUGUGCACCGGGUUGCCUUUUAUUUUGGUGAUAAGUGUGUAUGUGAAGACAUCUAUUAUAUAUUCAUCGGGUUUGGGUUUGGGGUUAUCAUGGUUAGUGUAUACUAUCACUACAUAAUGAAAGAUUCAAGUUUGAUUUAUACCUUUUUUAUGAUUUUUAGAAGUUAAUUUUGCAUUCUUGUUUACUUCUUAUAUUGGUUACUCUCAAAUCUUCUUAGUAUGAAAAAGAAAAAUGGGAAUUUGGUUAUCUAAAGGUGUAAUGUUAAUCAUUUUUAUUGCAAACGUUCAGCAUGCUUUUUAGUUGUAGAACACGAAUUUUGAAUUGUGGUUGCCAAGCUCAGGGUCUACUUUCACUGCAUAAAGAAUUAGCAACUCCAAUUUGUAUGCUUCGUUAUUAUAUUUGCAAGUUAAUAUGUGAUUUUAUUUGGUUCCGAUGUUAAUCUACUGAUAUCUUCUUAAUAUAUAAAUAGAAAAAGAGAAUAAUGCCAUAAAAGUGCAAUAUUUGUCAUCAUAUUGCGAGUUUUAGCCACUUGUAUUGAAAUGGUAUAUUUCAAGUCAUAUAGGAAAUCGUAGCAUCUGAAAUCCAUGAACUCAAGAUAUCCCCUCCUGAGUUAAGGUGAGCAUGUCAGGAAAAUUGGUAUAUUGAUUUUGAACCAAAAGAAAAAGAACUUGGUAAUUAAUCUCUAACAUUCUGAUUCUUUUAAUUAUUCGGCAAGAUUCAGCAUGAAGUGAAGAACUAGGAAUGCUACUUGGAGAAAAUGAUCGCUCUCAGGAAGUUGAACCUCGGGAUAGCAGCUUGCCCCUUUUCUUUGCUCCGGUUGAUUGCUGUCAAUGGUCAUUAUGUAGUUUUCAAACACACAAUUCAGUCUGGUUGGAGUAGUGAGUUUGUCAAUCGGUUAGGUGGCUUCAGUCGAGGAAACAUAGAGAUUCAGAGUGGAGUCGGCUGCACUGCGUUUGCUCAGACUGCUCCAUUUUCUACCAUUGCUGGGACAAUCUUAGUCCAGGCUCAAGACCUCGGUAAAAUGUCUGAGGAGUUAGAAAAUGUGAUUGAUGAAGAUAAACUUGAUGAUGCGUGGGUUUUGUAUGAGCGGCACAUACAAAUGGCCGGGUUUCCUAGAAAAUCAAUUGUUAAUAAACUUGUAGCAGCUUUUGCCGAAAGCUCAGAUCUUCGAUGGCUGGAGAAGGCUUAUGCUUUGGUUGAACAGGCAUUUGAGGAGAACAAGCAUGACUUACUUGGAAGGAAUGCUCUUAUCUAUCUCUCUUUAGUCCUUGCCAAAUGCAGAUUACCUAUUCCCGCAUCUACUCUUGUAAGGAAGCUUGUGGAAACAGAACAGUAUCCACCUGUGAGUGCUUGGUCUGCAAUCCUGGCUUAUAUGUCACAAACCUCUAAUGGAGCGUACCUUGCUGUUGAAUUGAUUCUUGAAAUAGGUUACUUGUUUCAAGAUGGAAGAGUCGAUCCCCGUAAAAAGAGCAACGAACCUCUACUUUCCAUGAAGCCAAAUACCACUUGUUUUAACAUUGCUUUGGCUGGAUGUCUUCUGUUUGGAACUACUAGAAAAGCAGAGCAGCUCCUUGACAUGAUGCCUCGAAUCAACUUGAAAGCUGAUCCUACCUUACUGAUCAUAAUGGCUCAUAUUUAUGAGAAGAAUGGACGAAGGGAGGAGCUCAAGAAGCUUAAGAGAGACAUGGAAGAGGUCCCUAAUGUGACUGACAUGCAGUUCCGUCAGUUCUAUAAUUGUUUGCUUUCGUGCUACUUAAAAUUUGGAGAUCUUGAAUCUGCAUCCCACAUGGUUUUAGAAAUGCUUCGCAAGGCAGAGAAAGCUAAAAAUUCUCUUGGUGUAGCUAAUUUGCUGCUCGAAGCUUCUAGAAGUGGCAAUUCAUCACUUGCAAAUGUUCCCCUCGAUGAUGCAUUUUAUCGAAAUCCGAAUGGAUCAGAAAACUUAGUAUCAUACGAAGAUCUCUGUAGAGACAGAAAGUUUUUAAAGCUGCAGAUUAUUGCUAAAGACUUACUUGAUGUCUUGGUAAUUAAGUUGCAGAAGCAAAUUGAAUUUAUUACCAGUGAACGUGGUAUUCUCCAGCCUACUGAGAAAUUAUACGUUAAAUUGGUAAAGGCUUUCUUAGAAGCUGGGAGAACAAAAGAUCUUGCAGAAUUUCUAAUAAAGGCAGAGAAAGAAGAUUCUCCAGUUUCAGUUGAUGAUUCUGCCUUGGUUCAUGUGAUAAACUCUUGUAUUUCACUCGGAUGGUUAGAUCUGGCACAUGACCUACUGGAUGAAAUGCGCUUGGCUGGCGUUAGAACUGGUUCUUCUGUUUAUUCGUCUCUUCUGAAAGCAUACUGUAAAGAGAACCGAGCUGGGGAAAUUGCUUCUCUUCUUAGAGAUGCUCGUAAAGCUGGGGUUCAGGUAGAUGCAAGCUGUUACAAAGUAUUGAUCCAGUCCAAGGCGCUUCAGAAGGACACUCAAGGCGCCCUUGACCUGUUCAAAGAGAUGAAGGAGACUAGGAUACCAAGAACGGGUCAUCAAGAAUUUGAGAAAUUGGUCAAAGGGUCUGCAGAAGGAGGUGAAGCUAGUUUAAUGAUGACGCUUUUGCAUGAAAUCAAGGAAGGACAAAAAGUAGAUUACGGAGUUCAUGAUUGGAAUAACGUAAUUCACUUUUUCUGCAAAAAGAGGUUGUUGCAAGAUGCUGAAAAGGCUUUUAAGAAGAUGAGGAGUUUGGGACAUGCUCCAAAUGCACAGACUUUUCAUUCUCUGGUCACAGGUUAUGCUGCCAUUGGUGGAAAGUACGUGGAGGUGACGGAACUAUGGGGUGAAAUGAAGUCUCUUGCUUUUUCUAGUGGAAUGAAGUUUGAUCAGGAACUGUUAGAUGCUGUGCUUUAUACAUUUGUUAGAGGUGGUUUCUUUGUUCGAGCAAAUGAAGUUGUGGAGAUGAUGGAUAAAGGUAAUAUGUUUAUUGACAAGUACAAGUACCGUACCCUCUUCUUAAAGUAUCAUAAAACACUCUACAAGGGAAAGGCUCCAAAAUUCCAGUUAGAAACCCAGAUGAAAAAGAGAGAGGCAGCAUUGAACUUUAAGAGAUGGGCUGGGUUAUGCUGAAGAUUCAUUGUCUGUUGCCUCAAGGAUAUGACCCUUAAUAUUAGAACUUAUUGCUCCGAUAAUUCCUAAAUGGGAUGUCAGCGAAAUGAAUGAAGCUACAUGUUGAUCCAUAUGUUCUCUACCCGUCAUCACUUGAUGCUAGUAGAUCAAGCCAUCUCUGUGGUUUUCUUUGUCAUUAUCAAUUUCUGAUCAUUAGGUCCUUGUUAUCAUAAAAUGGCUUGCAUGCUUUUGAGGAAAUCGUCUUAAUGAUGGUUGAUUUUGAAGAUCAGUCCAUUGCUUAUAACAGUGUGCCCAUCAUGAUUUAGUCAAUGAUUGAAGAUCAUCUGUUUCUUUUGUGCUCUGGAGUGAUUUCCACCCGAGGUUCAGAGUGAAGCAUUUAUUUUGCUUUACGAUAAGAAAUCCAUCUGUUUAAUUGUAAGGAUGCAUUAAUUUUCUAUCAAAUGGCUUAUGCCCGAGGUGCCUACAUUAUUAACAUCCAAAAGAGGGGUUUAGUUUCUGCUAAACCAAUGUCUCAAAUAGCACUGCCAUUUCCCUUCUGCUACUCAUCAUGAUUCAUUUAAGGGAACCUUCAAAUACACAAAUUUGCUGAACUGAAGUAUUUGGGACAGAUGAUUCGGCAAGCUCCAAUAGUGACAGAAAUCCAAUACAGCUUCUACUUUCAGCUACAGCGUACUGAUUCUGGUAAGUUUUGAUUGAAAACUGAGACUUAUAUUUUUAAGUUUACAACUCUUUACAAAUCCAAUCAAGUUUCUAAUUUGAGCUACAGUAUACUGAUUUUGGUGACUUUUGAUUGAAUAUAGAUAUUUCGAGAAUGGAUGCAACACUGAACGAUCAGAAAACUUUGAGACUUAUUCUCUAAGAAAUAAACUUUCUACAGAAUCUGGUGACUUUUUAUUGGACCACUGAAAGGCUUAUACUUUUAAUAUGUAAACUUCUUGCUGUUACUUGUCCCUUCCUAGUUCACUUGUGUAUGUCUUGUUUAUCUUUCUAUUGCUUUAGGUUUAAUUUCAUUGGGGGAUUAUGGUGCUGAGUCGCUUCUUUACCAUUCCUCUAAGUCAAAGAUGAAAGAUCAUUGGAAGAAAGAGCUGCCUUGGCUAGAGACGACCCGCUGAAUCAUGAGGGCCUCCUGCAAUGUAUCUAGUAGAUCUUCCGCUGGCAUUGAGCAUUCUUCGCCUUGUUCUUUGGUAAAACGGUUCGAAAUGUGAUGACAUAGAGAAGUUAUUGUGAAUUGAUAUGGUUAAUUCAUCAAAGUGUAAUUUGAUAUCUCCUAAUUAUUGUGCAAUAUUUUGUGCUCUAUUGUUUGCAGCUAAUAAUUAGAGGGAUUCUGUAUUUUAGUUAACUUUUCCUCUAGUACGUGUUAUGUUCUAAGGAUUAGUUGGCUAUAAUUUAUUGUUGUAUUUUGAGUUCGGUAUGAACUAUGAAGGUGUUUAGAUUGUUGUGUUUUAUUGCCUUUGAAGACUUUGAUAAUUUAAUGUAACUAUUUUGUGUG